GAUUUGAUCUGCUAGAUCCGUCGUUGCUGCGCAUGUCAUUACAAGAGUCAGUCAUCAACCUGAUAAUCGCAAAGUUCAUAAAGCGCGCGUAGUCUGCAUCAGCCACUUGCAAGACGCACUUAUUCCCGACCUUCUCGUGGGAAACAUCGCUGAGUAGUCUCCUUUCAAUUACGCUUACGCGUUGUACAUACGUAGCGCAUAUCAUGACGUUGCGAAUCGCGAGCAUCAUCGCUCUGUGCGUCCUGCUGAGCGACGCAUAUAAAUUGGACGAUGGAGCGAAGCAUAUCUGGAACAACGAAGGGAAGCCAAUUCUUGCUAUGGCAGAAAAUACAAAGGAGCUGUACCAAUCAGUUGAGUUCCCGGCGCGUUCGCUUUGGCUUGGUAAUGCUCAAGACGUUCAUCCGAGUUCCCUUACCCAGGCUGUAGAGGACUUGUCACCAGCUUUAAAGGCUAGAUACGUCGUUAAUCAAGCUGAUUGGGCAGCCGUAGCAACAAUAAGCACAAGGAAAGAUGUUGAAAGUUAUCCCGUUGCAAAUUUAAUUUCCAUCGCAGACGGGCCUGUUGGAAGUGGUACCGGGGUACCGUACAUAUACCUCACCCCUCUUGACUAUACUGGUCAGGACCUCGAUAAAGAUAAUCGCGCGACUCUCCUGGUGACGCUAGCUCAAGGCGACUAUUGCAAGAAUAAAGGAUAUGAUCCAAUGGAUCCACGAUGUGUUAGAGUUAUGCUAACUGGAAAAAUCGUAGUAUUGAAAAACGACACCAAGGAACAUGAUACUGCAAAGCAAUUAUUUUUCGGCCGUCACCCGAAACUGGAAAACAUGCCCGCAAAUCACCAUUUCUAUUUCGCCGAGUUGAAGAUAUCGACGAUCGCCAUGCUGGACCACUUCGGUGGACCAAAAUACAUUUCCGUCGACGAUUACUUCAAUCCGUCCAGUUCAACCAGCCAACCUCUCCGUAAUUCUGUAUUUGGUGAAAGACUGAUGAAUUUACUUCCAAACGCAAUGCUUAGUAAUUAAGCAUAUUCUGUUAGAAUUUGAUUAGAUCUUGACAGUUUGAAGUCCUGAGAGUCUCCUAGGACUAUUCCUGUAAACUUAAUAUUUUUGUUUCUUUAGAAAUUUUCGGAUUUUAAGAAUAAUUACGUAAAAACUAUGUAAAUGACUAAAUUACAUGGUUAAAAAUUUUUUAUAUUAAACUAACUACUAGUUUAAUAUUAAACUAAUAAACUACAGUUUACAAUAAAUCAGAUCAUUGACUUUCGGA